AUGGUCAGCUUGCGUGGCCUACGUGGGCACGCUCUUGUUGCCUGUCUUGCCGUCUUGGUCUGUUGGGCGCAGGCCAACACCCUAACCCUCUACACCAUGCGGACCGACAUGGGCUUGGGGACUGCGCUCGACUCUCUUGUGGCCGGCUACAACGCUCACGCUGCCACACACAACCUCUCCACAUCCAUUCUCGUCACCUCGUCGCCGUUUAACUCGGUGUUGUCCGAGUACGUCGACAUCGCUCUUCAGCCCUCACCACAUGACCUGGUUGUGCUUCACCCCUCGCAAGGCAUGCGCGGCCUACUCGACGACGCCCUCUUGGUCAACCUCUCCUCGUUGUGGGGCGCCCAAAACCUGGCUGCCGACAUGGUACCACCAGCCGUGCGGUUCUGCUCCGACUCGUCCGGUGUUCCACGUGCCGUCCCCAUCGCCUCUUUCCCCGAAGUCUGCCACUACCGUGCCUCGGUCUUUGACACCCACAGCCUCGCUCCGCCUGAGACUUGGAGCCAGCUGCUGACGGUGUGCAGGAUCCUGACUCGGGCAGGCAUCGGCUGCUUAGGCACAGACUACGCCUCACUGGCACCGUCGCAGUACCUGGACUAUCUCUUUCUCCGCAUGCAUGGAGGAGAGUUGUAUGAUGAAUUUGCCGUCGGCAACCUGUCGUUUACGGAUGACCGCCUCCACGAAACCCUUGCACGGUUUGUGGACGACAUCAUUGCACCAGGUUACCUCUCCCGAGCUGCGCCCGGAAAUGUCCUUACCUCGAACAGCGAGUUUGCCGCCGGCUCGCUCGGCAUCAUCUGCACCUUUGAGGAGUGGGCCAUCGCCUUCCAGGCCUUUGGCCUCGACCCGAGCGACCUCCGUACCUUUGCCUUUCCGCGCUACGAUGGCCCGCCGUCGGCAACAUUGCCGCCGUCGUCGACGUCCACAUAUGCCACUUUGGGCCUUGUUGCCGCUGUCGGCAUACCGUCCCACUCCGCGAACGUCGACCUCACCAAAACUGUGCUCGCUACCGCCUUUGCACCGGCGUCCACCAUCGGGCCGUCCAUCGCCGCCGCCCCUCACUUGGUCCCGCCUUACACCUCACUCGCAUCCAUGCUCACCACUCCGUCAACCGUUUCUGCAACCUUGCUGAUCGCGAACUCGCCGUCGCUCCACAGCAGGUCGUCGAUCGCUUCAUUCCCGUACAGGCCACUGCUGACAGCGUGGCGGACGAUGGUGACGCAUCUCAUGCUCGCUGCGUCGGCACCCAACGCAACCGUCAUCAUUGACUCGGCCCUUCCCCGCCUCGAAGGUCUCCGCGUCGCGUUUGUCGACGGCGUUACGGUUACGCCCAUUGCGACGCCCAGCCCGGGCUCGUACAUCGGUCCGAUCUCGGUCUCGCUCGAGUGCUAUGCUCCUGACUCGUCGAUCCGCUUCUCGCUCGAGUCGACCGUCAAUGGCGCGUCCACCCCUCUCGCUCCUUACCGCCAGCCAGUUGUGCUCUCGGCCGCUGGUACCUACACACUCUAUGCAACUGCAGUAGGUGGUCCAGCGCAAGUCACGUCGCCGACGCUCAGGGCUUUGUACGUACUCGUCGACCCUCCCAGCUCUCCCAGCGCCGCGUCGACCUCGUCGGGCAAGACCGCCCUGCUCGCCGCCUCGAGCGCCGUCUCGGCUCUGUGUUGCUGUACGCUGCUGGUCGUCAUCGCGGUCAAGCUUUGCCACUUUGCCCGCGUCUCGCCGGCGUCGCCGAUUGCGCUCGACCCAACUGAGAUCAACAUCACUGCCGCGCUCGACAAGGGCACCCUUGGCACCGUCUACUCGGCAUCGUUUCGAGGUGAGGCUGUGGUCUGCAAGCACCUGCGUGUCGGUUUGGUUACGCCCGCCAUGAGCGAUCAGUUCUCACAGCGGUGCACCAAGCUUGCCAGCCUCACCUCACCGACCAUUGUUCCGCUCCUUGGCUUUGUCGCCUCGCCGCCGUCGCUCAUCAUGCCACGGCUGGCUCGCGGCUCGGUCCACGACGUUCUGCACGACUCGUCGCUCAUUCUCCAUCCCACCAUUGUCUGUGAGUGGGCCCACCAAAUGGCACUGGGCCUCAAGUUCCUCUCCGACUCGGGCUUUGUCCACGGCAACUUCAAGUCACGCAACGCCCUCAUCACUGAGUCGUGGUCAGUCCGUGUUGCCGACUUUGGCCUCUGCCCAAUCAUCCGCCCGAUGCCCGUGCUCUCGGAUGCAUAUGUCUCGCGCCCACGUGCGCCGGCCCGGGCAGAGUUUGGCAGCUCGAUAUUUGCCUCGUCGCUCCGCAAGGAGUUUGACGUCUCUGAGUCGAGCAUUGCUUUUGACUUUUCGCCUGUCUCGCAAGCCCGCUCGCUCACCAUGAUGUCGUCUGUUCCCAAUGAGGCAUCGGACGCAACAGGGGAUAGUCCGGUCGUGGGAACUGCAGACUCGGCAAUCGUAGGUGCAUCUGCCAAGGCCCGCGUGCUGUGCGAGGUUGGUGCUGUGUUCUGGAAGGCGCCUGAGAUCCUCACCAUUGGGCCCGCCGCUCUCUCUGUCGCAUCGGAUGCGUACGCGCUCGGCAUGACCCUGUGGGAGCUUGCCACCCGCUCAGAGCUCUUUCUGGGUCGGAACCCACUUGCCACGGUCCUCUCCGUUGUCCACUCGGCCCGGCGGCCGCCACUUUACACCAUCCCGCCGUCUCUGGCCCCGCUCGGCUCGGUUGCCGAGGACUUGUGGACUGGUGCGCCGGCCGAUCGGCUCUCGCUUGAUGACGCGUGCGCUCGCCUAGCCACGCUCUACACACCGGGCGUUGUGAUUCGUCCCUCGCCACAGCCUCGGCCCGUGGGCAACUUUAUUGUUGUCCAUGCCGCCGUCCUACACGCGACCGAUGCCUUGCGCAAGUCUCCCUCCCAGGCUGCAGGCGUCCUCCGCUUGUUUGUUGACUUUUCUCCGACUUUGCCGCUUCGGUACCGCAAGUUUACGUCCUCUCAGCCUCACUAG